ACAAUAUUAGCGUCCUUGUUGCAUGCAUUUUACCAAAGCAAACUACAGCGUUGAAAUUUCAUCGAGCCUUCUUUAAAACAAAAUAAUGUCUGCGGAAGAAGAACAAACGCCUGCGACUGACCCGCCAGCCGAGGGGGAAGAGCCUGCGAAAACAGGAGCCGACGAAGGAACGGAGGGCGAAGCGAAGGGAGAAGCCACGACUGACGCCGAUGGUAAAUAUACACACGCCUUUUUGGUUUAAGUUACUCCGCAUCGUUAUUGAUGAUUUAUAUAUGUUUGUCAAUUGUAUAAAUCAAAUGUUGACAAAUAACUACGUGAAUAUAACAACAUAUACCUUAAGUAUAUUAACACACUCCCAUCCGAAGACUUGGCAUGUGUUUUGACUAAAUAGUCUGGCGUGUAAAUUCCCUGUUAGUGUGAGAUUUUAGAGGAAGGAUGCUUAUUUACUGCUUAAGUUAAUUCAAUCCCUCCAUUAUCAAUUUGACGGACAAAAGGAUACAAUUUUCAAUCUUCAAAUCUACCAAAAGACCGAAGUCUGGACCAAAUCUUAUAAUGCAGACUUGAAGAUUUAAAACGUAUCCUUUUAUAUGCCAGUCAUUUACGAUUUACUUUCAAUAAUUAAACCUAGCCUAUGUCCCUUAAAACAGUCUGUCAAAAAUUGAAGGCCAAAGGGAAAUGAUUGAUCACAUAUCUGCCAUGUGAAUCAUUUAAAUUUGGACAGUUACAAUCCGGGGGUUCUUAAUUCAAUAACAAUGACAAGUAAAUCAAAUCGGCUGAGGUUGCCUCAAUUUGCAUGAAUUGUAACUAAUGAAACACUGCGAUGCAUAAAAGAUAGUCGGGCGUCCGUUUGAUAUAAUUCGUCAGUGUAUUAUAACUGCGGGAAUCCGUGGUGGACAUUAUCAGGAGGAUAUCAGCCAUGCGGCACCAGAAAUUAAUGCAUUGGGCAAAGAAGAAAUGAUAAGUCCGGCGAAUACAUCAUACAUGCAUGAUACCGCAUUGAAGAAUGCUCCAUCUUGCCCACUUGGUCCAUAUAUAUUUUCGAUAUAUUCGUUGCGAGAAAUCUCUUUUUUUGAAGAAAAGUUUUUUCUGGUAGCUCUAUUCAUGUCAAUUUUUUUUCCAUUUCUUUCAUUAAAGCCAAAGAAGCGGAAAGUAAAGGCGAGGACGGAGCGGCAGGGGAAGCAAAAGGAUCAGAAGGGACGGGAGGUGAAGCUAAGGGAUCUGAUGGUACAACCGAGGAUACUGGAGGGGGUACAAAGGAGGACACAGGAGGUACAGAAGGAGCUAAACAAGAAGGCGAGCCGAAAAACGAGGAGGAAGCCGAGGGGUGUUGUUGUAUUUUAAUAUAGAAACAAUAUUCAAACCACAGAAAAUAACUAGCACAUUAAUGAAUGCACUUUGGGAACAUUUUUUAUGUAAUAAGGAGCAUAAAAUAUGCUCGGUUAAGAUCCAACCUUGCAAACCAGAAACUUUAUACUUGGGAAAAGCGAGGGCCUGGCUUGCGAGGUUGGUUGAUAUUUGAACAGCUAUAGGGAACCGUUCAUUACCUAGCUAGGGUUGAUGCCGAAGAAUUGCUGUGAAUAGUGUUACAUAUUUUUCAUAACUCUCCUCCAAAUGAUUGAAUAUAAUUUGUACCCAAUCACCAGGUACUCAACAGUCCCCGUCUCUCUACAGAAAUGAACAUCAAAAGAAAUAAUGUCCAUGAUGCUUGUAACCAAAGUCUGCAUUGCACCUAUAUAGAUACUGGUAACAUAAACGCUGAACCAAUGCAUCUAAUAAGGGAAAACAAAUCUAAUUAAAUCAUAAACUGUGAUUUUGUUACACAUUCUACCUCCUGGUGUUAUGAUGGUACCAAUCCCCAAAAAAUUUAAUGAACGGUUUCCAAAAAUAAAAUUUCUAAUACGUAGUUAGGUAUAUUUUGUAUAUUUCAAUUGUGAACUUUUAAUCUUUAUUGCUGCACAUAAAAUAUACUAUUCAAAUUUGCACAUUGCCACAAGCCGGUUACCAAUACAGUAAUAUCAUUCUACCGUCUGAAAUUCGUGAUAAAGAGUACGUUCCCACAAACUUAGAAACGUCG